AUGGAAGGAAAUGCGAAACCACAAGUCGUUGACAGGGAAGUUAUCUACAAUUUCGACAAAGAAAGAGAGCUCCAGAUGAUGAUGUCGUGCUUCAAAAUAAGUAACUCGUCAAAACUGAAACGUUAUCUUGGUUUGUCAUAUGCUUUGAUCGUUUGGUUGUUUCUCUUUUACGAAAUGUGCGCGGGUUUGUACUCCUUCGUUUUAAUAAUAGGAGAUAAAACUAAGAUGCUAGAAACUCUUCACAUGGCUAUCCUUGUUUUCUAUGCUUUAUCUCAUUUGACCAACAAACUCAAAAGCGAUUUCGAGCCCGUCUUGGAAAUCUUCAACAAAGGUUUCUAUACAUACGAAAAAGACUUAGAUGAAAGACAACACGAAAUAAGGAGAAACUAUGUGCGAAAUAUUCGUCUAGUAAACAAAUGGCUCAGAAGAAUGACCGUUUCCUCUGGCUUUUCUUUCUUAUUGUUCAAUACGGCCAAGAAAUAUAUCGAGAGCUUGUACAAGAAGAGACCUUCCAGUAUCCCCAUCAACCCUUAUUUGCCAAUUCCUUUUUAUGUACCGUUCGAUACUAGUUCUGUUCUAACGUUCACGGUCGCCUACAUGACCAACGUGGCAAUUAUGUACUGGAUCUGUGUGGUGACCGUAUGCAUUUACGAAAUAUACAUCAGUUUGCUUAAGCAAUUGAAGGCGCAAUUCGAGAUAUUGAACCUGUCGAUUAGUAACGUUGUGGAUAGAGCGUUGCGAAGGUAUUUACGUGGCAAGGCGGGGCCAAGACAGAAGGUGGAGAUGCUUUACCAACAGAAGGAGUUCCAAGAUUGCCUGCUCGAGUGCUUAAGAGAGAACGUUCGCCAUCAUCACGUUCUGUUGAGGUAA